GAUGGCGGCCGGGCGAAGGGACGGAAGGUUGCCGUGCUGAGGUGAGGGGUGUCUCGCCGGGCGCCUCCGGCCCCGCAGGGGCUCCUCUUCCCCGGGGGGGGGCCACCCUCGCCCAUCCCCUGCCCCGGGCCGAGCUGGGGGCGCGGAGGAGCAGCCGGUCCAUGGCCAGGAGGUGGCCGGUGCGGUCGCCGCGGGCCCCGUCGCCAUGGACCUGCGCACGGCUGUGUACAACGCGGCCCGCGAUGGGAAGCUGAAGCUGCUGCAGAAGCUGCUGGGCAGCCGGAGCCGGGAGGAACUGGAGGCGCUGACGGCAGGGCCCGGCGGGGGUGACGGCCCCGGGGGAGGGAGCACCCCGCUGCUGAUCGCCGCCCGGCACGGGCACCUGGAGGUGGUGGAGUAUCUGCUGGAUCACUGCGGUGCCCGCGUGGAGGAGGGGGGCUCAGUCAACUUCGAUGGGGAGACCAUCGAGGGUGCCCCACCGCUCUGGGCGGCAUCUGCCGCCGGGCACCUCGGGGUGGUGCGCAGCCUCCUGGAUCACGGUGCCUCGGUGAACCAGACCACGCUGACCAACUCCACGCCGCUGCGGGCUGCUUGCUUUGAUGGGCACCUGGAGAUCGUGCGCUACUUAGUCGGGGAGCGUGGGGCUGACCUGGAAGUAGCCAACCGGCAUGGACACACUUGUUUGAUGAUUUCUUGCUACAAAGGGCACCGGGAGAUUGCACGUUACUUGCUAGAGAAAGGGGCCGAUGUCAACCGCCGGAGCGUGAAGGGGAACACAGCCCUGCAUGACUGCGCUGAGUCCGGCAGCCUGGAGAUCCUGCAGCUACUGCUCCGCUCCAAAGCCCGCAUGGAGAAAGACGGCUACGGCAUGACUCCUCUGCUAGCUGCCAGUGUCACCGGUCACACCAACAUUGUGGAGUACCUCAUCCAAGGAGGGCUGCAGCAGGAGGAGGAGGAGGUUGCAGGGAACCAAAAUGGGACCUGUGCAUCAGGUGGGAGCCAUCAGAGGUGCUGCAGCGCUGGCAAGGAAGCUCCUCAGGGCUGCAGUGAAGAGGGGUGUGAGAGAAGUUGUGCCUCGGCUUCCAGUCAGGAUGAGCAGCAGGUCCCUAAUGUGUUCUGCACUCGAGAGGCUGCUGUGGAAGCACUGGAGUUGCUGGGUGCUACGUUUGUGGAUAAGAAACGUGACCUUUUGGGAGCCCACAAGUACUGGCGAAGGGCAAUGGAGCUUCGGUGUGAGGGCGGGCAAUACCUGCCUAAACCUGAGCCCCGGCAGCUGGUAUUGGCCUAUGACUAUUCCCGGGAAGUGAGUUCGCUGGAGGAACUGGAAGCCUUGAUUACUGAUCCAGAUGAGAUGCGCAUGCAGGCGCUGCUGAUUAGAGAGCGCAUCUUGGGUCCUUCCCACCCAGACACUUCCUAUUACAUCCGUUACCGAGGAGCAGUCUAUGCUGACUCCGGCAACUUCGAACGCUGCAUUAACCUCUGGAAGUAUGCUCUGGACAUGCAGCAAGGCAACCUGGAGCCUCUCAGCCCGAUGACUGCCAGCAGUUUCCUUUCCUUUGCCGAGCUUUUCUCUUACGUGCUUCAGGACCGCUCCAAAGGCACUUUAGCUACCCACUUGGGCUUCUCUGACCUCAUGGGAGUACUGAGCAAAGGGGUCCGGGAGGUGGAGAGGGCUCUUGUGCAUGGCAAGGACCCUGUAGUUGACUCAGCGCAGUUCACCAAGACACUGGCCAUUAUCCUCCACCUGGUCUUCUUGCUGGAGAAGGUGGAGUGCACCCCAGAGCAGGAACACCAGAAGCGCCAGACUAUCUACCGCCUGCUGAAGUGCAGCCCCCGGGCCAAGAAUGGCUUCACUCCUUUGCAUAUGGCUGUGGACAAAGAUACCACAACAGUGGGACGUUAUCCCGUGGGCAAGUUCCCAUCGCUCCACGUUGUGAACUUGCUUCUGGAAUGUGGGGCUGACCCAGAUAGCCGUGACUAUGACAACAACACCCCGCUGCAUGUCGCUGCCCGCAACAACUGCCCGCUGAUCAUGAGUGCCCUGAUGGAGGCUGGAGCCCAUAUGGACGCCACUAAUGCCUUCAAGCAGACUGCUUAUGAGCUGCUGGAUGAGAAGCUGCUCACCAAGAGCAUGAUGCAGCCCUUCAAUUACAUCACCCUCCAGUGCCUUGCUGCUCGCGCCCUGGACAAGCACAAGAUUCCCUACAAGGGUUUCAUCCCCGAGGAGCUGGAAGCCUUCAUUGAACUGCACUAGGGCGGGAGAACUGAAGUCCCCAGCCUUUCCUGUCACCUGUUCCACCCCGCAGAGGUACCAGAUAUCUCCAGUGCACUGUAUCCAGAGAAGGCCGCAGCCCCUGCCCUCUCCCAUGUGAACUGUCUUGUCCUGAGAAGGAAGGAAAAUGGAGAUUCCCUGGGACCUGCUGCCUCUCCCAUUAGUGCUGGAUUAACUCAGCGUUAAGCUUUGGAGCAGCUAAACAUCACACAUGUGCUCUAGCCCUUCCCAUCCCAAAUACUGAACAGAUAGGAAUGCAAGUGAGGAAUAAAAUAUCUUCCAACUAAUUCUUUCCCCACCCCCUUCUCAGAUUUGGUACAGUACGAGUCUAACAGCCGACUGGCUUGUGCUCUGCUGAGGUAGUUGCCUUGCAUGGCAGUAGGACUGGGUAUGCUGAGGAUGUUUUUUUUUUCUCCCUUGGUUGGCCAAGUAGCAAGUAGUGUUAAAGGCCUGAGAUUUCAAUGAUUGUGCAUAAAGCUGGGUUAUUUUUUCUCUUUUAGAGCCAGGCCCUAUCUAUGCUGCAAGACUUCUUCAAUCCUGUAAGAUGUAGUAAGGUCAGUUCUGGUUAUACAGUUUCAUCAACAGAUGUUGCUUUUUAUGAAUGGGGAGGAAAAACUGCUACCUUAAAAACGAAACACUAAUGUGGCGUUCAGGUCCUUAGCUUGCCCAUUCUGCACAUAUUCACUCCCUUCCCCGCGUAGAGGUCCUUUAGUUCUAGAGGUCAGCAGGGAUUGAGCUGUACCGGGUGAAUAUGGCCAGGUUUCAGAGCCAAAGCAGCGCACUUUGAACCAGCUUUGGGGAUGUGCUCUUGCAAGCCCUCUAGGAUGGGAGGUACUUGUGGCGUGGGUGGUGCUGAGGGGGUUAUUAAAGCAAGUGAGUGUUGGUGGCAUGUUUGCCUGAGGGUGGUUUGAAGGAAGAAGCAAGAAAGAAGUGAAAGGUGCCUUCUUGUUCUUCUGAGGUUUGUUAGUUUCAACUGAUUGGGCUCUGUUAAUUAUCCCAUUCUGAAAACCUACACGGAGUGGGUUGUUAGCAUCUGGUUUUGGCUUUUGAUUCUUUUUGCAACUUUACUGAGGAUGGUGCUACUUCCAAGAUUGAAUUUGAAAUCUCAUUUGGCUACUAUUUGGGCAAGCUCCUUUCUUUAAUUAGGAUCUGCACACAACUUGUUUUUCUCUUUAAAUCCCUAGUCUCAGAGUAGGUAUUUGCCUCCAUUAGCAGAACCCUCCUUGGUGGUAAACAGUCAGUGUUGGUAAACAUGAUGCUGUUCCAGUAGUUUAUCUUCUUGCAGGGGGAGUGACUGGGCUUUGGCAGCCUGUGGCUUAUUUCUUGGCCCCGGGCAGAGUGGAAAGCACACAGCAGCCAGAGUUGGGGGUGAAGCAGCUGCCUCUGAGCUUUGGGAAAGGUCAGGACUGGGAGAGCAGAACCCUGACAAACAACCAUGCACUAUAUGCUACUGAAGCUUCUCUACUUGUAUUUAUAAGCCAGCAUAUCCAUAUGCCUCAAUAAUCCAAUGCUCUCUGCCCCUUAAAGGUAUUGUAGAUCUGCCAUUACAUUUUUGCAGUGUUAACUAUAACAUUUAUUUAUAAAGCAAGAAGGUUUAACUUUUCUUGAGAUGUAAAGUGCAGAGUUAGUUUAGCUAUGUUCUAUUUUUUUUUCCUUUUGGCUGAAACCUGAACUAAACUGCAGGAAUGGAAUUUGUUAAUUUGUGAGCUGAUGAGCGCUCUUAACUUUAAAUAAUAAAACAAAAAAUGGCUGCUAGAAUGCAAGUGCCUUGGACUUCUUGCUGAUAAGCCUCUAUUUUCAGCUUAUUUCCUAGGGAUGGUACACUGGUGGGUAUGGAAAUACGGGGCAUUGGCAAUCAACAGAUGCGAUUGUUUCAUUUCAUCUGAAUUUACUCCUGGGAAAAGCGAAUCUGUACUGUAGUUGCAAACAUUUCCCCUGAAAAAGGGUAACGCUGAUGCUGAAAUGACACCUUUCUUUAUAUACUUUGCCUUAUCUUUUGGUGUAAAUGAAACAGUGUGAAAGGAUGCUACUCUGCUGAUGCGGGUAUUACUUGCCUUAUGUACAGCUGGGACUGUGGGCACAGCAAGCAGAAAGAGGGACACAGCAUGUCAAUCAUCAAUUUAUGUUUUUCAACCCCAGACCUGUCAGUGGGAGGUCAAAAGCAGACUGAAGAAUUAGAGGUACUGGAGUUAGUUCCACACAAGAAUUUGGAUUUCCAAAAAUGCUUGGCCUUCCCCAGGGAGGGUAGGAGCAGACAGAUAAAAUGUUUGAAUGUUUGUCCCUUCAUUGAUUGCUCCAUCCUCAAAAAUAAUUCUUGAUGGUUUGAUCACUGUUGCUGCCUUCAUGCUAGACACGACAUUUAAGCAGUGUCUGCAGUUCUGUGGGACUUCUCCCAUUGAAAUACUACUGCUGUGCAAUAGGUGAUCUUCAGGUACGUAGAAGAGCAGCUGCCACCGCAGGUACGAGGAACCCGAUAGCCUCAGGACUGAGGCAGCGGCUGAUUGCUCCUGACUGUGGUGCUCUCUGACUGCAAUCCCAUCCUGUACGCAGAGCUGCUGGGAGGAGAGGAUGAGAAGGGAGUUCUUCCACAGCUGGGAUGGGGAAGCAACUCUGGAGCCAUGGUCUUGUGAUCAGAUAACUGGGGGAUCCAGUCAUGUAGAAAAGCCUCAAGGAAGAGAAUAUUCUGUGUGAUAGAAAAGGGCUUUAAUUUUUUUUUUAACACGUAAAUAAUCUGUAAUUACAUAGUAAGGACCCACCAAUUAAAUGUCGAUAGUAAUUACUGGGUGGGAGAAAUCACUGCUUGAAUUCAGGGGUAAUUGCAAUGAACAGUCCUUGUUUAUUGUAGGUGUGGUCUGGCCCAGCUCCAGUAUGUGGGGCAGAACAAGGAGUUGUGGGGAGGAGUGAAACGAUUCAGUGAUGAUUUUGUUAUCUGAGUAAUUAUCUUGGACAGAGAGUGGAGGUUUGUUUUUCACUGGGAUGGCUACAGACCCUCCUGUAGCACACUGUUCUCCAGGAGUCCUUCUGUACACUGCCAUGAACAAAAUAUCUGCCUUUUAUCCCUUUCUUAAAAUGUAAGAUGUGCUUUUCUUUCCCUAAUACUGGUAAUUGGCCCUCUUGACAAUAAAGCCUCCCAUACAAGUUUCUUUAGAAAUGCAAAAGUGGUGAGAAAUUCACUGGGCUUUUCUUGGAGCCAGUUGCUCGGCCCUUCUAUGGACAUCUUUGGAGCCUCCUAAUGCCAUCAGAUCAGUGUUUACAAAGAAAGUGGCCUAGAGCAUAAAGAUGGGGAUACUGUGUUCCAGGUUCACAGAGAAACUGGGGAAGAACGAG